AUGCUGACGACAAAAACGAAUAUCUACUACGUCAAUGUCUUGCAUGUCAUAUCGAUGGAUCCUCUAGAGAGUGAAAACGAUCGACGCACGAAAGAACUUGCUGCUAAAAUUUCUCAACUUAAGAAUAUUGCCAUUGAAAUCGACGAUGACACCGCAGAACAUAACCGUUUUCUUGAAACAAUGCGGUCAGAUUUUGGCACGGCACGUGAUUUUCUCGGCGGAAGUUCCCGUCGUUUGACUGACGCUCUCAUCAGUGGAAAAAGCGAUCGACGAACAAUGUAUUAUGUUAUUGGUGGUAUCGUUUUCAGUUUUAUCUUCUUGUAUUAUAUCGUCAGCUCCUUUCGACGAGUUACGAAAGGUUAUCCGUUAAAAAUUCACCCGAUAAUAGUUGAAAAUACGACUGUUGAUUUCAACCGAGAUUUUAUUCGACGUAUUCUACAACGAAUCGAAUACAAUACAUUACGCGGAGCGGUGAUUGACCUCGGCUUGCAAGAAGCAUUACCAGCAGUGAUGUCGGAGACGAUGCAGCAAGAUGAAAGAUUUCUCAGGAUAAUACAUAAAGUUCUACUCGAAUACGAAGUAAAAGAAGGUGAACUGAUUUGUCCAGAAACAGGACGGAAAUUCCCUAUAUCCCGAGGCAUUCCCAAUAUGUUAUUAUGA